UCAGUUCGUUUGGUAAUGAUGUUUGCCUUAAAAAAGAUGCAUCAAUCACCAUCCAAUCAUGAAUGCUUGUGUGACUGAGUGGACAACCCUCCUCCCUUAUCCUGCAAACCAUCUUUCCGAACAACAAACCUUAGAAUAUGUUGCCACACUGAACCAAGAUCCAACGGUUAUCACUGCACCGAUAUAAAUUGUACUGUAGAUGAAUCUGUGUUUCUGUGUUCUGCUGUUUUCCUGCUUCCCCUCCAUUAUUUUACAGGUUUUGUUUUAGUAUAAUAAUAACUGACCUCGAAGGCCAGGCCCGUUUAAGCCAAACAGAACCCUACAACCUAACACAAAGAAAAUAGAAAAAUUUUAAAUAAUUUACAGUGGAUUCACCCAACCGUGCAAUAGAUUAAAAAGGAUCAAACAACACAAAAAGAUAAAAACAAAACAAAGCGAAAAUAGAGAGAAAACAAAGAAGGAAGGUGACCACUAUAUCUACUUCAGUUUCUUACCAGAACCAAAGACAGCCAUCCCCAAGAGUCCUCACACGCAAAAACCCACAUGCUUUUAGAGAAAGACAAAUAACCAAAGUACAAAUCUUUUCAAUCUGCAAACUCAGAGAGAAAAAAGAAACCAUACAUACAAAAUCUUCGUGUAGAUAGAGACUCUACAAAAAAGCAGAAAUCUUGCAAUCUUCAAAGAGAAAGAAAAGAGGGGUGUUUUUUUUUCUUUGUUUGGUUUGGAAAAUGAAGUUAUCGGCAAAACCCAUAUCCAGUCCGGGUCGGGCUGAGAAGUAUCCGCCACCAUUGAUGAGGUUUUUGAGAAGCAAUGUUGGGAGCAGAAGCAGGGGAAGGUCACGUUCAAGUCCAAUGUUUGUUAGAAAAAAGAACACUGCCAUUGAAACCCAAGAGCCUUCUUCGCCUAAAGUCACUUGCAUGGGUCAGGUUCGUGUCAAACGCUCCAAACAAGCCGGUACAAAACCCGGUCGACCCGGACCCCCGACUCGUCGCCGCAACCGCUGUAAAUGGAUCAGAAAUGUUCUGUUUUGCCAUCAUUUCGCUGGGAAAGCCAAGGCCAAGCCCUCUUUUAGACCCACUUGGAAGAAAUGGGGGCCGUUUUUCCAAAUGGGUUCCUGCAGAAAAUCCAAAACUAGAGAAGAUUCAUCGAAAUUUGGGAACAAAAUUGAAGAUUCUGUGGAAGGAAAUGAAGAAGAGGAAAGUGAAAAAAAUGAAAAGGAAGCUAAGAUUUUUGUAUCUUCUUCCUGUUCAUCACCCCCCAAAAAUGCUUUGAUUUUAACACGUUGUCGGUCCGCUCCGUACAGAUCUUCUUCUUUAGCUUGUAGGUUUUGGGGGUCACCUUUAGCUAACCAGGAGACAAGAGAAGAAGAAACAGAGGAAACAGAAGAAGAAAACAGAGAAAACAGAGGACUUAAAAAAGAAGAAGAGGAUCCCACAUCCGAAAAAUUGUCCAUUUGCAGAAAUUCGGAUCACGGGUCCCAAAUGGAUUCGGAAAAACUAGAGAAGUCGGGUUUUUGCAAGGAAUUUGAAGAGAGCAAAACAGAAAAACCUGAAAACAAUGAAGAGUUGAAAACAGAGCAGUUUGGGAAUGUACGGCCUCUAAUCCUCACGAGAUGUAAAUCCGAACCGGCUAGAACAGCUGAAAGACUUGAUCCUGAGAUGAGUUUCUGGAAGAAGAGAAGGUUGGGUUUCACGUGAUUCGUUUAAUUUUCUUCUUCGUUUAAUUAAUUUAUGAAUAUUAUUGGUUAUCUUAGGAAGAAGCACUGCUUUUUUCUUUCCGACUUAAAUGACUUUGUUAUAUUCAACAUCUAGGGCUGUUAGAGAGAAUCUCUAUGGCUCUUAGGUAAUAUUAAAAAACCAAAAAAGAGAAGGGCUUGGGUAAUAGUACACUGGAAAUUGAAAACAAUGAUAAAAUUUAUUUAGCGUUAAUUUUUUUUCCUAAAACUUCCUCAUGGGCUACCGUCUUUAAUGGUGUUGGCAAAUCUUUCUUUUUUCUCUCUGUUAUUAUCUUUUGAUAGGCAGAAGUGUUCUCUGCUUCUGGUUCCAGCCAGGGCUUUUCUGGGGGGUUUUAUGGUACUUUGAUUAGUUUUAUGCAUCUUUGGAUACUCUGACCAGCUUUUACAUUUUUGGUAGAAAAGCUUAUGCAGUGUUCUGGCCCCGCAGUUUCAUUAUUUAAUGUAAUUCUUAAUGACUUUUUUAGCAACAGGAA